AAUAAACGCUCAGCACGUAAAAUUAAACGACUACCAUUCAGCCGCUCCUUCUCCAUUCCACUCUCUUUAGAAUCAUAAUUACUUUAGCAGUGCGACCAUGCACCGCCGAAAGUCCAGCAAGGAAGACGUGGACGAUGGUGACACGUCUGUGCUCAUACCAGACAAUGAGCCACCAACGGCGCCUACGUUGACAGCAGCGCCUGCUAGUCUUCGACAACCACAGCUUGGUCCAGGAAUACCAGCACGUCAACCAACAGGUAGACGUCCGCCUAGCAUUUCUUUAAAUUCACCGCCUAGCUCGCCCUUCCGUGCAUCUCAUGGUCGAGUACGAAGCAUAUCUUCGGGUCCGUUCAUGCCACCCGUGCCAUCCCCACUCGCCAACACGUUCCAUGUCCCACUUCAUCCGUUUGAACCAGCUCAGCUUGACGACCCUCCAGAAGGACUCAGAGGACACGGACGAAGACACAACCGGAUGCAUUCGCGCAACCUAUCAAUAUUCUUUCCCCGCUCACACGCAACUAUCUCUGAAGAUCUCCCUGCAGACGUCGAAUCUGCCUCAAAUAUCAAUUCACAAUCCCAAAUCGACCUUCAUAUACCCGCAUCUCAAAGCGAGCCCCUUCAGAUCGGACAUGAUCAUACAGCUUCUUUUUCAUUCGGCUCCUCGGGCUCUAUCUCUAAGUCAAACUCUGCAGGUGCAGUCCCAGCUAGCGUGACAGCGCGUAGAGGCCAUCAUCAUAAACAUUCCCUUUCUCAUAACUUCUUUUCUUUCCUCGACCCUGUUCGUCAAUCACAACCGGUAACAAAACCUGAGGAGUUGCAUACGGCUCCCACCCCUGCCCCGAUGUCCCCAUGGAGUUCGGUGAGCAACGUCCAAGGCGGGGAGGGCGUAAGCUCUAGCAAAGUCGGUUUCACAACAGGCACAAGCUCUCGUUCCAGCUCAGCAUCCCCUGCAUCCCCUCCCUCGCCCUAUUAUAACCAAUUUUCUUGGAAUCUAAGCAAAGACGGUCUUUUGGCACGAGUUGCAUGUAUACUGCAAUUCUGCUUGGGCGGGUUGGUCUGGGUGCGCGGCCAGGCUAUCGGGUCGUUGGCGUGUACAGGCCUAGGCUAUUGGGUCGUGUUUGAUGCGUUUGGAAUCGCAGCGGGCGGGCCUCUUCUUGGUAGAAACAAGGGUGGUUUUGGCCCAGCACGCACACAAACCACUUUCCUCUUCGCCCAAUGUGUCUACCUCAUGUUUGCGGGCGUGUACGUAGCCAAGGAAGCUGUCGAACAUAUUCUACUUUCUGCGGGACACGGACACGGGCACGGGCGCCCUUCCCCCUCCCUCCCCUCUGCUGCGUCAACGUUAGCUUUGAAUGCAUCACUGAACGUAGCUGGGGGCAUCACGCGAGGCCUGGGUCUGCACGGCGCAGGUGAGAUGGGAAAUGAUGGACAUCAUCAUCAUUGGGGGGAUGAGAGGCCUGAGAUGUUGGGACUGUGUUACCCCCUCGGUCUCAUUAUCACGGUCCUCCUCUCCCUCCUCGCUACUUCCAUUGCGUUUGAGCAUCAUGAUGUGUUAGUUAGAGUAACGAACAAACACAUGCACCUCCCAUCCCCGCUCUCUCUAUUCCAGCGCCCCCGACUCCAUCCAUCAUUCUCGGUCCCAGGAAGAGGACAAGCGCAAGCGCCAUGGGAGAGGAUACUGAGGAACCCGUACGCCCUUCCUCCGAUUCUGUUUUGUGUAGCGAUUUUGGGGGGUGAGAUGGUUUUGAAUGUUGCACAGUACACACCUUUCGACCUUUCUCUAGCAACUCUCCAGGUCAUUGUCACCACGCACGUCGCAUACGCAGCGUGUAUAGUCCUAGGCGCGUGGGUGGUAUAGGCACGAAA